GUCCACUAUGCUGGAACUGUGGACUACAAUAUCUCAGGCUGGCUUGACAAGAACAAGGACCCACUGAAUGAGACUGUCAUUGGCCUCUACCAGAAAUCCUCCAUGAAGACAUUGGCCUUCCUCUUCUCCAGCUAUUCUAGUAAUGAAGCAGAGGGCGGUGCAAAGAAGGGCGGUAAAAAGAAGGGUUCAUCUUUCCAGACUGUAUCUGCUCUCUUCAGGGAAAAUUUAAAUAAACUGAUGACCAAUCUUAGGACAACUCAUCCUCACUUUGUACGGUGCCUCAUUCCCAAUGAGACCAAAACACCAGGUGCCAUGGAACAUGAACUGGUCCUGCAUCAGCUGAGGUGCAAUGGAGUGCUGGAGGGCAUCAGGAUUUGCAGAAAAGGCUUCCCAAGCAGAAUCCUUUAUGGUGAUUUCAAACAGAGAUACAAAAUCCUAAAUGCAAGUGCUAUUCCAGAAGGUCAGUUUAUUGACAGUAAGAAGGCUUCUGAGAAGCUUCUUGGAUCCAUUGAUGUUGACCACACACAAUACAGAUUUGGCCAUACCAAGGUGUUUUUCAAAGCUGGCCUUUUGGGUACGCUGGAAGAGAUGAGAGAUGAUCGUUUGGCCCAUGUCAUCACGCGCACACAAGCUUUGUGCAGAGGACAUCUGAUGAGGGUGGAGUUCAAGAAAAUGAUGGAAAGGAGGGAAGCUUUGUUCACUAUUCAGUACAACAUCCGAUCAUUCAUGAAUGUCAAACAUUGGCCAUGGAUGAAGCUUUACUUCAAGAUCAAGCCUCUCCUGAAGAGCGCCGAAUCUGAGAAAGAAAUGGCCAACAUGAAGGAAGAGUUUGAGAAGACAAAAGACGCUCUGGCCAAGUCAGAGGCAAAGAGGAAGGAGCUUGAAGAGAAGAUGGUCAAAAUUCUCCAAGAGAAAAAUGACCUUCAACUUCAAGUCCAAUCUGAAUCUGAGAAUUUAACAGACGCAGAGGAGAGAUGUGAUCAGCUGAUCAAAAGUAAGUUCCAAUUAGAGGCUAAGAUCAAGGAGCUGAAUGAGAGGCUGGAGGAUGAGGAGGAGUCAAAUGCCGAGCUCACUGCCAAGAAGAGGAAACUGGAGGAUGAAUGCUCUGAACUGAAGAAGGACAUUGAUGACUUAGAGCUGACACUGGCUAAAGUUGAGAAGGAGAAGCAUGCCACAGAAAACAAGGUAAAAAACCUCACAGAGGAGAUGGCCGUUCUGGACGAGAACAUUGCCAAACUUACCAAGGAAAAGAAAGCACUUCAAGAAGCUCACCAACAAACGCUUGAUGACCUCCAAGCUGAAGAGGACAAAGUGAACACAUUGACCAAAGCCAAAACCAAACUUGAGCAGCAAGUUGAUGAUCUUGAAGGCUCUCUAGAACAAGAGAAGAAGUUGCGCAUGGACCUUGAAAGAUCCAAGAGGAAACUUGAGGGUGAUCUCAAAUUAGCUCAGGAGACCAUCAUGGACCUAGAAAAUGAUAGACAGCAACUGGAUGAGAAGCUGAAAAAGAAAGACUUUGAGAUUAGCCAGUUUGCCAGCAGAAUUGAGGACGAGCAGGCUCUUGGUGCCCAGUUGCAGAAGAAGAUCAAAGAGCUCCAGGCCCGCAUUGAGGAACUGGAAGAGGAAAUUGAGGCAGAACGGGCAGCCCGUGCCAAGGCAGAGAAACAAAGAUCUGAUCUUUCUCGGGAACUUGAGGAGAUUAGUGAACGCUUGGAGGAAGCUGGAGGGGCAACAUCUGCU